AUCCCUUUUAUCAAGUUUGACAGUUCUGUAUUGUCUCCAUCGCUUGUCGAUUGAAGCUCCCGUCUGUUAGCUCGCGAGACCAUCCCCAGAAACAAUCUUCCGCCAUGGGUCACGGAUUCGGUGAGCUGGCCAAGGUGCGCGGCAUCGUGACGCACAAGAUUUCGCCGUUCGAGCAGCGUGCCUUCGCCAACUGGUGGACCAAGGCCAUCCCGAACACGCUCCGGCGAAUCCGGUCGCAGAUCUUCAUUGUGGCCCCGCCGUUCGUCGUUGGCUACCUGGUGUACAACUACGUCGAGACUCUGCACACCCAGCUGAACCGCAAGAACCCGAAGGAUUUCGAAAACGACGUUUAAAUUUCGUCCGCAUGCAGGGAUUCAGAUCCCAUGCAAUCAUGAUGCUUAUCUGUAAAAUUCAACACUAGGAAGGAAAUAAAACGAGAUCGACUGGAAGGAAAA